UCGAAAUAAAUACAAAUAUACGUAUUAUCGAGAAAUGUUUUAUGAAAUAAUGAUAACAUAAUCUCAUUUGUGAACUUUUAACAUCUUUAACCGCUAAUAGCGGAUAUAAUAACGGAUGGGAUUGUUUUUUCUUUGUGUUUAUGUUUUUAUUAUUUUUAUUUCAACAUGUUUCUAAUAGCUCACGUUGCUUGACUUCGGCUACUUGCAUUUUAUGCUGCCUUGCAUAGCUCAUCAUCAUCAAAGAGCAUGUGCUCGUUAUCAUCAAAAGUUAGCAACUCUCGCACAUCGUAUUAUCUGCGAUAAAAACGAGAGUCGAUAAAUUCAAGCAACUCGGUUGAAGCAAUAAUCACGAAAAUGAACGUUUUACUCCAGAAACAUGGAGCUAAACAUAUAUACAAAGUCCCGGAAGGAUUGCGCGAAUUAUGCGCCGACAUCGCACGCGAGGUUUGCCCUACGAAAUUAUUAUUUGACUUCUUACUGCCGUCUUGUCAAAGGACGAUUAAAUUAUUAUUUGAUCCGUAAAGGUUUUACGCUCGCAACCGAGGAACAUCUAUUGCUUCGUUGCCGAUUAUGUAGAAGCACUCCUAAUUACGCGAGAAAAUGCAAAAGUUGCGGUGAAAGUCGUAAACAAUAUUUUACUGGGAAGCCAAGCCAUCGUGGGCAUACUUUAUCGCAGCGGCUUGAGUUUAGAGCAGAUCGCCUGCGCUGCUCCCAGAAUUCAGAGGGCAUUCCGCGCGUACUUGGACGCGGUAGACAUGCGAGCGUACCAGACGACACUUGCGACGAACAGUCCAGGAUAUCUCUGCAGUGUAUCCUGCAAGCGACGGGAACACCGCUGGAACAGGCGGAGAAGUCUGCCAUAAUAAUACAGGCCGCUUUCCGCGGUCAUUACGAGAGAAUGUUGUUAAACGAGUCCCGGGGCAUGAUUCAAUGGCAACGAGCGGCAACGAGGACCCUGGAGAUUCUGAGAAAAGCCGGAGCUUCGCAGGCGGAGGCGUCGAAAGCCGCUAUUCUAAUACAGGCUACUUACCGCGGAUACUAUACGAGGAGAAAUAUAAAAAUGAAAAUGACGACUACGCAAUUGCAAGAGGAAAAGGAAGACGACGUGAUAGAAUCCAGAGACACCAUUCCAGCAGUAGCCUGGUUAGAUAUGAUGUACGAGGAAUCAGGACUGACGCAGACGAGAGCUAAUGAAGCUGCUUCUAUUAUACAAAAAGCUUACAGACAGUAUCGUCAAAAAAAGAAUAACUAUAAUACACCGCGGAUAGAAUCUACAAGAUCGUUGGUAGCGGAAGCUAUUGUCAAAAAUUUGCAUCAGAAAGUUUUCGACGAAAUUAAGAACCGCGAGGACAUUCCUACAGAAUUUAGUAAUCGAAAAGACUUGACAAAGACUAGCGAAGAACUUCAGCGUACUCUUAAAGACCGGUUGACACAUGCUCGCAUAAAGGAGGAAGAAUACAACGAACAAGAGUUUGUUCGCACAGAAGUGUCCGAACCGAAAUUAGAAAACGACGAUACGUACUCGAACGGCGCGGAAGAUCAGGAAGAAGCCCGAGAGAUCGAAGUAGAAACGGAACGUGAAGGAACGUACGUGCGGGACUAACAUCAGCGAGAGGACCAAACUUCUUGGGGAAAAGGGAGACAGAAAAAGGAGGGAAAUGCUGCAGGUCAGAAUUCUUUUCAAAAGUGCCGGCGGAUGAGCCAAUUAACAUGGAACGAACGGUGCGAGGAAAGAAACGAGACAACGAAGAACGCGACCAGCGGAAAAGCUGCCACCGGAGGCCGCCCAAUAAAUGCCGGAGACACAGCGGCAUUUAAUGCCCGCAUUCGACAUGCUUAAGUUCGAUAAUUUCGUUAACGUGCCGCGCUUCCGUAGCGAGCUUUAAAAUUCCCACAGACGGGAAAUGGUCCCGACACAUGUAUUACAAGUAAAAUGAAUUAAAAACUGUCCCGCCUGCGUAACUUUAAUUUAAUUCGACUGAUACGAGUUAAAGCGUUUCAUGGGGGGCUCAUUCAAAUUUGGUUUGCAUAAUUUUUAUUCUUGACAUUUUUAGUUUUAAUACUCCGCUACACAUUAUUUCGCAUUAGUACGGCGUGAGUAAAAGUACCAUGAAAAAAAUUCAAUGGUUUAAAUGUGUGUGAGAAACGCGGUAUAAGUACAGCGAUUGUGCUUGAAUUUUUUGCGCACACCGCUAUGGUAU